AUGUCGACGGCCUAUCCACUCCCUUCAGGCCUCUCACAAGCCACGGUUACUAACACUGCGUCUCUUAUACGGAUCGUGACACUCGCCUUAAUCUCCGGGGCUGCCAUUGCUUCGCGACUAUUCGCUGUGAUCAACUUUGAGAGUAUCAUUCAUGAAUUUGACCCGUGGUUUAACUUCCGGGCAACGAAAGUUCUCGCGUCACAAGGAUUCUAUGAGUUCUGGAACUGGUUCGACCCCACGGCGUGGUAUCCAUUAGGCCGUGUAGUUGGAGGAACCAUAUACCCUGGUCUCAUGGCUACCAGCGGCGUCAUCUACAACAUACUCCAUGCACUUAACCUCCCUGUCGAUAUCAGGAACAUUUGUGUGCUCCUUGCUCCCGGUUUCAGCGCGCUUACGGCUUGGGCAACAUAUAUGUUCACAAAGGAAUUGAAGGACGAAAGUGCCGGUCUCCUUGCUGCAGCAUUCAUCGGUAUCGCCCCGGGGUACAUAUCACGGUCGGUAGCUGGCUCCUACGACAAUGAAGCCAUCGCCAUUUUCCUUCUUAUGUUCACAUUCUACUGCUGGAUCAAAGCUCUCAAACAAGGGAGCGCUUUCUUCGGAAUGCUCGCUGGCGUAUUCUACUUUUAUAUGGUGGCCGCCUGGGGUGGUUAUGCAUUUAUCACGAACAUGAUCCCUUUACAUGCUCUGAUUUUGAUCCUUAUGGGUCGCUUCACAAGCCGCCUCUACGUCGGGUACUCUUCUUGGUACGCAAUUGGCACCCUCGCAAGUAUGCAGGUCCCAUUCGUCGGCUUCCAGCCUGUCAAGACUAGUGAACAUAUGGCGGCCUUGGGCGUAUUUGGCCUCCUCCAAAUUAUCGCCUUUGCCCAGCUUGUCCGUUCCCACCUGUCCUCAAAACAAUUCCAAAAUCUACUCUUUGUUGCUGUCAUUGGAACGGGCAUACUUGGCUCGCUAGCAAUCGUCGGCCUUACCUACAAAGGUUGGAUCGCUCCAUGGACUGGCCGUUUCUACUCGCUAUGGGAUACCGGCUACGCCAAGAAAUACAUCCCCAUCAUCGCAUCAGUCUCUGAGCAUCAGCCCACGGCCUGGCCUUCAUUCUUUAUGGACCUCCAGCUUCUCAUGUUUUUGUUCCCUGCUGGCGUCUUCCUCUGCUUCAAGCAGUUGCGUGAUGAACACGUGUUCGUUAUCAUCUACGCUGUUGUCGGCAGUUACUUUGCUGGAGUCAUGGUGCGCCUAAUGCUCACGCUAACACCCGUUGUUUGCGUAUCUGCUGCCGUUGCAUUGUCGACCCUUUUGGAUACAUACAUCGAUCCGGUGGAGCCCCUCGUUCCUGAGGAAGCAACCCCUUCUGCCAGUGGAGACGACUCAACAACGACUAGUGCCUCAGGUUCUAAAAAAGCCAAAAAGCCAGCUGGACCAACUGAAUCAACAACCGCACAAUCUACGCCCAAGCCGCGCUCCAGACCUGGUAUAUUCGGUCUUGAUACGCGCCUCGUUGUGAUCUUCAAUGCUUUCGGAAUGCUAUCUUUCUUUGUAUUCCAUUGUACAUGGGUUACCUCGAACGCGUACUCGUCGCCUUCCGUCGUCUUGGCCUCUGCAAAUCCUGAUGGAAGCCAACACAUCAUCGACGAUUUCCGGGAGGCUUACUACUGGCUUCGUCAGAACACGCCCGAGACCUCCGUCGUAAUGAGCUGGUGGGAUUACGGGUACCAGAUUGCUGGUAUGGCCGAUCGCCCAACUUUAGUGGACAACAAUACGUGGAACAACACCCAUAUUGCUACCGUUGGGAAAGCAAUGUCAAGCACCGAAGAAGUGGCCUACCCGAUCCUCCGCAAGCACGAUGUUGAUUAUGUGCUAGUCAUCUUCGGCGGCCUGAUCGGAUAUUCUGGCGAUGAUAUCAACAAGUUCCUUUGGAUGGUCCGGAUUGCACAAGGCGUUUGGCCUGACGAAAUCCAGGAACCAAACUACUUCACGCCCCAUGGGGAAUACAGAGUGGACGACCAAGCUUCUACCACAAUGAAGAACAGCCUCAUGUACAAAAUGUCAUACUAUCGCUUCGCGGAGCUAUUUGGGGGUGGGCAGGCUAUGGACAGGGUGCGCAAUCAAGCGAUGCCAAAGCAGGGUCCUACUCUCGACUAUCUAGAUGAAGCAUUUACAUCGGAAAAUUGGAUCGUCCGGAUAUUCCAAGUGAAGAAGGAGGAUCUACUAGGACGUGAUCUCAAAAGUGCCAAUGCGUUCUCUCAGGGUAAGAAACGAAAGCGUAGCAAACCCACCGCAAGGAGGCGAGCCAUUGUUUGA